GAUUUCAUCCUCAACCUUCUCAAUCUCGUUUAUUCUGAACUCCGAUUCCUCCUUUCAACUUUCUCUGGAAAAUAUGAGCUCUCCUCCCUCCUUGCAAAGGAGUAGGCAAAGCUACUGCUGGAACUGGCUCUAUUGUGAUGUUGCUGCUGGAACCGGCUCCAUUGUAGCUGAUGCGGAUGAAGGUUCCAUUGUAGAUGUAGCUGAUGCUGCUGAAGCAACAAUCUCUUCUAAUAGUCCUCAUCUUCGUAAAUCUGGUAGCAAAUCUGUCUUCAUUGAUCCUGGUUUAAACGGACAUUUAGGUGGUGGUGUAUCGGAAAUGGGUGACCUUAAAGGUUCAAGUUCACCACUUCAUAUUACAACUAUGGUUCCUUCUCCAAUUUUCCUCUGGAGAUUUAAGGUUAUUUUGUUUCUUUUUUGGGCUUUAUGUUGCUGCAAGAUUGGAUGGGAUUCAGUUAUGAGAAUGAGUAUCGACCUGCGGGAUUUAUUUUUGUAUGAAGCAUUUCUUUAUUACAAUCCUCUUCUUCUUGUGACGAUGAUGGUUUGGUUAUGGGGAGUGAACUUAUGGGUGUUCUCUCAAGGAAGUGUUAACUAUGCUAAAGUCUUUGAUCUCGAUCAUAACCACCUUACUCAUAGAGAGAUGUGGAAGUGUAGCAUGUGGAUGACAAUCAUUGUCCCAACUAGCAUGACGGCAUAUUUAUAUCUGUAUUCUCACGGGGAAGUAUCUUUGGCUGCUUCACAACCGGUGCUCCUGUACAUUGCUUUUGCUUUGGUUCUGAUAUUUCCCUUCGAUAUUUUCUACUUGUCAAGUCGAUAUUUUCUGCUGAGAACAUUAUGGAGAAUAGCUUUUCCACUGCAGCCAAUUACAUUUCCAGACUUCUUUUUGGCAGAUAUUCUGACCUCCAUGGUAAAGGUCUUUUCCGACUUGGAGCGGUCUGUUUGCCGGAUGGUGCAUAAACAGGUCGCAACAAUUGCUUGGUUUGAAGCUGACGCUGUCUGUGGCAGUCAUCAAAUUGCAAUCCCAUUGGUUCUUGUUUUCCCCUACAUUUGCCGUCUUUUGCAAUGUCUUCGACAAUACAAAGACACAAAGGAAAAAUCAUCUCUUUUAAAUGCUCUGAAGUAUUCUACAGCAGUACCCGUGAUCUUCCUUUCUGCGCUUAAAUAUCAUGUGAUGCCCGAGAGCUGGACUUCAUUUUACCGACCUCUCUGGCUUUUCUCAAGUGUCAUCAACUCACUUUACUCAUUCUACUGGGAUGUAACUCGAGAUUGGGACUUGAGCGGUUUCACUAAGAUAUUCAAGUUUAGCCGUCCAAGUGCCAUAUCAAACCUUUUAUAUGGCCGGCAAUGGGUAUAUUUCUGGGUGAUAGGGAGCAAUCUGGUGCUAAGAUGCGCAUGGACAUACAAAUUAUCAGCACAUUUGAGGCACAACUACAUAACGGUGUUCACUAUGACAGCGAUGGAGAUGUUGAGACGAUUUCAAUGGAUCAGAGACAUAGAGAUGACGCAGAUGCUUUCCGUACUCCGCCGUAACCUUCAAAACCUUCGUAAGAGCCCUCGCGUAGCUGACGAGACCGAGUUACCAUCAUCCACUGCAGGAGCCGGGCCGGGAGUGGUAGCUAAUGGAAGACGAGACGGGUUUAACGCCGUGAUCAUGCGGUUCCCGUUCUCGAUCAUCUCUUGCUUUGCGGUGCCGCGUGUUAGCGGGACAGAUGGACUAUGGAUGUCGGGAGAUUAUGGCAGUGUCUCGGAGAUUAACCAUCUUAUGGUUAGUGAUAGCAUGAGAUACGCCAUUUUAAUGUAAUAAACAUAUUUGUAGUAUAGUUUUGUGAAUUUUUUUUUUUCUUAUCUCUACAAUAUAGAAUUAAAUCUCUU